AUGUCACUCGCGACUGACUCAUCCCUCUACACCGCCCUCAAGCUUCCGCCCGUGUUUCCAGGAAACGCGGUAAGCUACCACAGUGACAGCGUUCACAGCUUCCACUUCAGCAGCAACAGCGCCUCCAGAGCUGGUAGCUCGGCCAAGUACCAGCUUAGCUAUGGCACGAAGAUGGAGUCUCUGGCUGGUGAGGCGUCACGGGGUGAGCCAAAGAUUCGCAUGAGCGGUAUCAAAUACCUGAGAAAUUUACCCACUGUGUUCGUUCGGACGAAAGACAGCUUUCACCAAGAUGAAGAUGUCUCUAAAAUAUCUGCAUUUCCAGAAGCGGCUUCGGUAUCCCUGCCAACGUCUACAACAACUCUGGAAUACCUUCUUCACAAGCGAAGUUCUAGAUUAGACACUGCAGAGGAGAGUAGCAUUCCCGAAACAGAAGGAAGGCAAAAACAAUUAAACAACAGAAGUGGAUCUAAUGCGCUGGUGAAAGGACGCUCAACGUCAUAUACAAGUUACACAAGCUCUGGGGGCAGCAUCGAUGAAGCGGUACGCAAACUGUUCCACCUGGAACCAUGUCUAUACACGCAUCAGAUGUUUCUGAAGGCUGCCAGAAUUAUAGAUUAUGUGCGGAAUGAUGACGUCAACAUCGGCGAUGCUCAGAAUACAAGAGAAAACUCAUCGGUGAUGGACUUUGAAAACAACCAGGAAGAAAUCAUUACACUGGAGCUGGCAUUUGAAACGUUAAAGUUUCACAAGCUAUUCCAAGAAGCGCUGCAGAAGACGGAAUUUCCCCAGGACUUCCCGCACCUAGACAAUCACGCCAGUCUUGUCCAUGUUAUUCUGUACGACGUCCAAAGUCGAAAGUUUCAGAAGCGCACGCCAUUUGUUGGGGAAGAACUCCAGCAGAUCUGCAACGAGAUUGAAGAGGCUCUGCUUACCAGAAGGACCCGACUGCAAUCAUUUUUCGCCAAGAUAAGAAUCAAACAUAACGCGGCAUCCAUACAGGACCUGCUGCCUGCUGCCGUCAGGAACUUGAACCGGACAAAGUCCCAGAUUGCUGUAUACAUGUGGGUUAACCAGCUGAGAACAACCAUGGAAGUUGUCCUGGAAGAGCUGGAAGCUGAUGGCUUCACCAAACUUGUCAUGGGAGAAGAUGUCACUGGACAAACUGGCAAAGUGUUUAUGGCCGACUCGCACUGCUCCGACCUGCUGGUCUUCCCGCCAAACUUGGCUACUUUUCUCAAGAACACUAGAUGGGUGAAACUGGGACAGUUGGUAGAACAGGACAAGUCCAGCUGUAUGGCAGCACAGUCUGUUCAGUAUCUCCUGGGCACCGACAAGGAUGUCAUCCACGUCAAUGUUGGCUCAGGACUGACCACUGCCCACCUGGUCAGUCUACUUCACAAAAAGUCUCCACAAAGUCGUAUAUGGGGUUUCGGAAUAGAUUCGCCCAGUAAGGGCCGCAAGACCAUGAAGAAUAUCGAUUUUCUCGGUGCUACCAAAAACACCAAAUUUCUGUUGGAUGACUUUCUGAGCGUGGAGCCGGAGGAGCCGAAGCUGAGAUACGUGAAGGUGAUUCUCAUUACGACCAACUGCAGCAAGUCGGCCAUUACCAACCCUGUCCAGUUCCUUAUUACUGAAGGAGAAGACAUAAGGAUUCUAGGAGAGUUAGCAAAAGGCACAUCAUUCGCGAAAAACAUCAACAGCCAGGUCUCACGUCACGAGCAAUGUCUCCGGCACGCCCUCUCGUUUCCACGAGUUCAAGCAAUCGUCUAUGCCACGAGAUCCUGCUGUCCAGUGGAAAAUGAGUCGCUGGUGACGAAAGCCGUAGAGUUCGCCCACGUGACGAGAGCCACUAAAGGGAUUCCUUUUCGGGUCACGCCUCCAGUGUUGCCGUUCACUUUCGAGGAAAUAGACUCCGGCCGAAACGGAAUUGAUGACCGCUAUAUCCGGUUCUACCCAUCUGACAAAUCCAAUGGCUGUUUCAUCGCCGUCAUCUCCAGAGAACCUGAAGACCACAAAGAUGGGUUCAGAAGUAUGUUCUCCUUAACGAGUUCCAGGCGACAUUUGACUAAAACAAAGUCGACGCCCCUGACUUGCGAAGAGCAGGACACCAAAGACACAGACUCGGCCGGCAAGUUGACGAAGCCGAGCAAAGGUGGGCACCGAAAGUUAAAGGCAGCCAUGUCUACGCCGGUAAUGAAAGCCGGAAUCAGUUCUAAACUUGCCGGACACGGCUCUCCGGUCGCCUUGGGGGCACGGCUCUACCAGGCCGGCCUGGUUCAUAAGAUGGAACAACGGGCCAAACAAAAGUUCAGCAAACUGGAGCAGUUCACUGCCUUGAAACACCCGCCUCCCUUCAGCCCAGUUUUAGGAAGUGAAGCAGCAAACCAACCAAUCAGAAUACCCAGUGGCAGUGGAUAA